AUGCGAUUGAUAAUGCGAUUGUACUCCAACAAUCUGUCAGUGUCUAUUGCUUGUGGAAGCCUGUCCCUUGGAGUGACUCGGAUUUGAUUUCUUUAUUCAAUUUUUUUUCAUGAUACGGCUAGUGGCUACCAUUCAAUUGGGGUUCUAAUAAAUUGUUUUCGAUUAACUUUAUGCGAACCGAUGCACGUGAAAAUAACGUUAAAAUUAGGCUUGUUGCUGAGUUUUUCUUCUAUAUUUUUUAUUAUAUUUGAAAGACACCCUUGGAAAUGUAAUGAACGUUAAUUAUUAUUUUUUUUGAAUUUUAUAAUUUAAAUAGUAGUAGAUUUGCUCAUAACGUUAUAAUAUAAACAAGCAAUACCCAUUUUAAAAUUUGUUGAUUAAUAUCUUCAAAAACUUCAAAAAUAAUAGUAUUCACUUUAACUAACAAAAAUAUGGUUUACAUGUAGACAUACACUACAAUAGAUCACUAGCUAGGAAAGAACCCCAUAAUUUUUUGUACUUAUCUAAUGUUACCAUACAUAUAUUUACCGUUAUCAACCUAAUUUAUUAGUCAUUGUCUUACUAAAUAUAGAUAAAUUUCAUUUUACGAUGACUUCUUUUUGAAGCGACCAUUUUCAAAUGCUGCGGCAAAUCCAUCUACAUUGUCGAGAUAUAUUGUCAACAUUCAACAGCCCUAUUAUAUAAAUAAGGGCUAUAAAGGGGCACUAGCAACUACCCUUUUACUUUGUACCCAAAAGAGUCUCUGAUCAUUUCCCCCUCAAAACGAGAUAUUUGUAGAAAACAAAUUAGGGGUUUUUGUCUAAGGAGAUCAGCUUAGGAAGAUGAAGAGGAGGCAAGUGGUAAUAAAACAAAGAAAAAGCUCCUACACUACGACUUCUUCUUCCAGCAACGUACGUUAUAUUGAGUGCCAAAAGAAUCACGCCGCUAAUAUCGGCGGCUACGCCGUUGACGGUUGCCGUGAGUUUAUGGCAAGCGGUGGCGAAGGAACCGAUGAUGCUUUAACGUGCGCUGCUUGUGGCUGUCACCGGAACUUUCAUCGGAAGGAAGUUGAAACGGAGGUUGUUUGCGAGUAUUCUCCUCCGAGUUGAAUCAACUAUCUAGCGAAGAUGGGGAAAAGAAGAAACAAAUACUAUAAGAAAGGUAUUGUUGAUUUUUAAUUAAUAAAGGGAAAAAAAGUUCUGCUUUAGAGUUUGAUCUAUUGAGUUUUUUCUUUUAAUAUUAGAGAUGUAUUUAUGUAUCUACAUGGUCAUUGUAUAUUCAGAUACUUACAUUAACGCCAAUCUAUAUGAUUAAUGAUUCUUGAA